AAUACAGUGCGGUGACCGCUGAGCGGGUUUCCUUGUCUGUACAUUGUCACCGUACUAGCGUGUUCCUGUGGAAGACCACCAAGAAUUUUUCGUUCAACAGACAGGACAUCUUGUCUAAUAUAGUGGAUCAUGACGGCCAACGAGUGUAUAGGAUGACUGAGGGAAAGAUGACUGUUGUCAUCGGAGUAUCACAGCUGCAGUCCACUAGCAGCGAUAUUCUGAGUAUUUGCCCGAGAUUCCGGCUACUGGUAAUAGGAAAGAGCGGAGUAGGAAAGUCAUCACUGAUCCAACAUGCAUUCAAAAUAGAUGAAGUACAUGUUUCUGAACACAGGCGUGGUGAAGCAGAUAUUGAAAGGGAAUUUAUUGCGCCAGAGAAUGAACGAUUUGUACUCCACGAUAGUCAGGGGUUUGAAGCUGGCGAUGGUGAGAUUUUUACGACUGCAAAAAAGUUCAUUAGCUGCCGACGCGAAAUGCCCGAACUGCGAGACAAAAUUCACGCGGUCUGGCUCUGCCUCUCGAUACCUCAUGCCAAUGGGCGCUUGCUUGAGAGUGGAGUAGAGGAAUUCCUCAAAUUGAGGAAGGAAAUACUAGGCAACAUUCCGAUCAUUGCUGUCUUCACCAAGCAUGACGUUUUUGUCGAUGAAUUGGAGCUCGCCGCCGCCGAAUCAGCCGAAUAUGAACCAGCCGUGCUCGACAAGUUUAAAGUUGACACUUUGGAUAAACUAUGUAUCCAGCCGCUUCAGGAUGCAGCUGGGAGCGACAUCCCUCAUGCAACUGUUUCAACGAACGAAGAGUACGAGAGCACCAUAAGACAACUGGUCGAUCUUACAACCACGAACGUCGAAAAAUUUGUCGCCUCAGAAGCGGCAUUAGCAAUGAUGAUAGCCCAGCGAGUAGACAUCGGUCUUAAAGUUAAGGCAUCAAUCGCCAUCGGCGAGAAAAGAUAUUGGAGAGGUCUCGCUUCGAGCAUGAAUUUCACAGGCUUUACCAUGCUGGACUGCUUGUCUGUGAUUCACAAGGAUAUCAUUGACGUUUGGAACUUCAACGACCCCCUCUGUCACUUGGUCAGUGACCGGUUCAAAGAACUGAUGCUAAAAGAUAUAGACAAGGUCGACCUUCCGCACACAGCGCAAGCUUUUGAAUUUGGCCUCUCCGUGGUCGCGACAAUUGCAUCGAUUUUGACCUCGCUAGCUAGUGGUCCGCUUCUACCAAUUGUUGUGCCACUUGCCACGGGGGUGGUUGUGGUUAAAUGGGCUUAUGAUACCUAUCAACGGACAAACGUUGUCUUGCGGCGGAUUAUGACGUACAUCGUGGAUUUAACAUGUAUCAUGCAGAUAUUGUUCCUGCUAGUACCGACGGGGCCUGUUUCUCGUCACAUCAUCAAGAUUGCCAUCGAAGGCUAUGGGAAGGCGUGCAAAGACAAUAUCCACUUGGCAAUUCAAUCCCACUGUAUGUCUGUCACUCGUAGAGGGGACGAUGUGCUGGAUAAGAUUGUUGAAUUGAUCGAGGGUCAUUCCAUCAAGCCUGAAGAAGUUCACGACCUGAGGAUGCAGAUUGGGCCCGUGGAUUCGAAAGCAGACGAAGAGUGGUGACAGUGCGUGCCUGCAUACAUGACAGUGGCCAACGAUUCUGGUUCCUAAAGCGUACCUUGUUCACUACGUGUAUUUAUGCGCAUGCACGCGUUUACUUAUCCACGUCACUGUGUGAUAUCUGACAGCAUAAGCCACGUAACUUGAGCGAUCGAGGUCACGAGUCCAACUUAGCGGUCACCAGAGGUUCCCGAGCACCAGCUGAGCGAAACUGUCGUUCUUUCCCUGAACGAUACUAAUCCCAUUCGCUCGAUCCGAUACAGUUUC